ACCAAGAGAAUGCCUUUUGAGAAAGUUUGAGAAGGAGACCCUUUCUUCUGGAAACCCAAUUUUUGGUUUUGAUGCAACAGAUGAUCAAGUGGAAUUCAGUGGCAUUGCUUCAAGUGUUCAUGGAAGAGUUGCAUAUUCUGAUGACUUUGAUUUGUCAUCGGUUAUUAAGGAUUUUGAGACGGAGUACUGGCGGGGUACGCAGUCAUUGAGGAGUAAAAGGAAUGCAAAAAUGAUAGAAAACUUGGAAACUGAAGCUUUGAUGCGAGAUUGGGGUUUGAAUGAGAAAGCAUUCCAGAAUUCACCACGCACCAGCUCUGGUGGGUUUGGAAGUCCAAUCUAUCUUUCCCCUGAAAGACCAUUAGAAUUACCUCCUCUUGGGGAGGGCUUAGGUUCCAAAAUGUGCACGCAUAAUGGGGGCUUCUUAUGUUCAAUGAGUCCUCAACAUUUUAGGAAUGCAAGAAAUGGUGCAAGGUUGACCAUGCAGUUUUCCAGUCCAGUUGUGCUCCCUGCUGCAAUGGGUUGUAGUGCUAUGGAAAUACUCAGCUGCUGGGCAUCUGGGGGAAUUUCCAAAAUGUACGGAUACACUGAUGCCUUUAGAAGAUAUCACGGGGAGGAAUAUACAAGAAAUGGCCUGGGAAGCCAGAUCCAGAAUUGAACCAGAUGAGAGGUUCACUUUUUGGCAUGGCUUAUUUGGUAUGAAGAAGGACAGCGAAGAUCUGUUUUUACAUCGGAGUUCUGGUCAUCUGAAUUCAAUCUCAAUAAUUGAUGAUGUAGAUUUAGGUUUUGUGUCUAUGGAGGAUCUAGCUCCUUUGGCAAUGGAUAAGAUAGAACCUCUUACAGUAGAAGGGUUAAGAAUUCAGUCAAACUUGUCAGAUAAUGAAGCACCUUCAAGCAUUAGGCCUCAACUUAGUGAAGUUUUUGGUUCUAAUAUAGCUAGCGCAUUAGAGCAUUGGAGUGGCAAAGAAAGUGAUGAUGGCGAGGGUGAUUUAGUGGAGCUGUUUGUUUCACCAGAUGAAUGGUUGAGGCUGGAUGCUGGAUAUUUCAGUAAUAAUCCUGAGUUAAAAAAAGAACCAUCAAAAUAUUAGCAGCCCAUCAUGCUAAGUCCCUUGAUUUAGAUAAUUCAGGACUUGCAACAGGUGAAGAAAGAUCGGAAUUGUUGGGUAGAGAAUGUGGUCAACUGUGUAACAACUUGACUUUAGCUCUGAGGGUUCAACUCAGAGAUCCUUUGCGUGACUAUGAGAUGGUCGGCAUCUCCAUGCUUAUUCUGAUUCAAUUAGAGAGAUCUUAUGCUCCUGUUGAACAAUAUUCCUGCAGCAGAGCAUCAGAAAGAAAUUCAAGCUGUGAAAAUGAUCCAAAGGAGCAAUUCAUUCAGGAAGAAAUUAUUGCUGGAGAAAGUGAGAGAGGAAUCCAUAGGCAGGCUGUUUCUCAGUUUAGGAUAACUGAAAUUCAUGUCGCAGGGUUUAAUUUUGAGCCUAAUGAUGAACAAAUCUGGGGCACAAAAAGACAGCAACAAGCUGGGACACGGUGGUUGCUAUCAAGUGGCAUGGGGAGGACAAGCAAACGUCCAUUUUCCAUGUCAAAUGCCAUAAUAAGAUCAUCGCCGCAGAUAAGGAGAACUAUGCGGCCUGCAGAUGCUUUGUGGAGCAUCUCAUCGGAUUUUCAUAUUAGAGAUUCCAAAUGGAAAGAGUUGGCAACAUCAAAUGUUCAUAUACGAAAUCCUGAUAUUAUUUUUCCAACUGAAGGUUGUCCAAAGCCCAGUCAUUUGGGAAUCAAGUUAUAACACCCUCUUUCUACACAUGUAUAUUUUUCCAUUUUGUAUAUGAAGUGAAGAUAUCUCUCGAUCAUCUUUAUGUAAAGUAGCUGAAAAAAGUUUCGCCAGCAUAGCAUUAUCUCCAAGCCAUUUCCUUGUUGUAAUGGUUGUCAGCAUUUCGAGAUGUUCGUUUAUAACUAUAACAAAGUUUUUGGAGCUCUCAUGCUGUGCUUCCUAUGUUGUAGACCAACUUUCUUGAAGCUGGUUAUUUCUA